ACAUACAGCAUCAUCCCCCUCUCUUCUGUCAGGCUUUGGUUUUGACUCCAAGGCAAACAGGAACGACUAGCCCUCGACUAGCCCUGACCAUCUCACCAUGUCUGUGCCUCAGAACCUCCUCAUAGACCUGAUUACCUGCACCCGACAAGUCUGUGGAAGCAGGAGUAAAAGCAGCAUGACCUCCUCCACAACCUCCUCUCUCUCCAAGUCCUCCACCUUCACUGCCUCCCGGACCUCUGCUUCCUCAUCCUCAUUGCCCAUGACCUCCUCCAACAUCUCUACUUACUCCUCUACCUGCUUUCCCUUCUCCUCCUCCUCCAUCUCCGAUUACACCAGCACCUCCCCCUUUUCCUGUCGGUGGUUGAUCCCACUCCUCCUUGUUGUCCUCCUCUCGUCUGUGCCAGUAGCUCUGGCAGGUCCAAAGCCCCGUCCUCCGGGCCACCCCGGCCCUGGGCCAAACCUGAACUCCAUCCGCAUCGAUGGGGACAUCUCACUGGGUGGCCUGUUCCCCGUGCAUGCACGUGGCCACGAUGGCAAGGCCUGUGGGGAGUUGAAGAAGGAGAAAGGCAUCCACCGGCUGGAGGCCAUGCUGUUCGCCCUGGACCGCAUCAACAAUGACAACGACCUGCUGCCCAACAUCACGCUGGGGGCACGUAUCAUGGACACCUGCACCCGCGACACCCAUGCCCUCGAACAGUCCCUUACCUUCGUCCAGGCGCUCAUCGAGAAGGAUAGCACCGAUGUAAAGUGUCAGAGUGGCGGCCCGCCAAUCAUCACCAAGCCAGAGAGGGUGGUGGGGGUCAUCGGGGCCUCGUCCAGCUCCGUGUCCAUCAUGGUGGCCAACAUCCUGCGCCUCUUCAAGAUCCCCCAGGUGAGCUAUGCGUCUACAGCUCCUGAGCUGAGUGAUAACACUCGCUAUGACUACUUCUCUCGUGUGGUGCCGCCGGACACCUACCAGGCGCAGGCCAUGGUGGACAUUGUCAAGUUCAUGCGCUGGAACUACGUGUCUACGGUGGCGUCAGAGGGCAACUACGGGGAGAGCGGAGUCGACGCCUUCAUACAGAAGUCCAGAGAAGAUGGGGGUGUUUGCAUCGCCCAGUCUGUGAAAAUUCCUCGAGAGCCCAAACCAGGAGAGUUUGAUAAGAUCAUAAAUAGACUCAGGGAUAACCCCAACGCACGGGUGGUGAUCUUAUUCGCAAACGAGGAUGAUAUCAGACGUCUCCUCCAGGCGGCUAAGAAUUCCAGCGGGCCGGGCCACUUCAUCUGGAUCGGCUCUGACAGCUGGGGUUCCAAGAUCGCCCCGGUACUGCACCAGGAGGAGAUGGGGGAGGCGGCCAUCACCAUACUGCCCAAACGCCAGCCUAUAAAAGGUUUUGAUCGCUAUUUUAUCAGCCGGACGCUGGACAACAACAGGAGAAAUGUCUGGUUCGCCGAGUUCUGGGAGAACAAUUUCCAGUGCAAGCUCAGCCGCCAUGCCCUGAAGAAAGGAUCAGGCAUCAAGAAAUGCACCAAUCAUGAGCGGAUCGGGAAAGACUCCAAUUACGAGCAGGAGGGCAAGGUGCAGUUUGUAAUAGAUGCUGUUUAUGCCAUGGCCCACGCCCUGCACAACAUGCACAAGGAGCUUUGUCCAGGCAGGGUAGGCCUCUGCCAGGCCAUGGAGACUAUCAAUGGCACCAUGCUGCUCAAAUACAUCCGCAAGGUCAACUUCACAGGUAUUGCUGGCAAUCCUGUGGUCUUCAAUGUGAAUGGAGAUGCCCCUGGCCGCUAUGAGAUCUUCCAGUACCAGAUCCGCAAUCAAACUAUGGAAUACAAAAUAGUGGGCAACUGGACAGACCAGCUGCAUUUAAAUGUGAAGAACAUCCGGUGGCCCGGCGGUUCCCGCGAGGUGCCCACGUCCAUCUGCAGCCAGUCGUGCCGACCAGGCGAGCGCAAGAAGUCGGUGAAGGGCAUGCCCUGCUGCUGGCACUGUGAGCGCUGCGACGGCUACCAGUACCUGGCCGACACGCACAGCUGCAAGAUGUGCCGCUUUGACCUGCGGCCCAACGCCAACCACACAGGCUGCCAGCCCAUCCCCGUCAUCAAGCUGGAGUGGAGCUCGCCCUGGGCCCUUAUCCCCGUCUUUAUUGCCAUCCUGGGCAUAGGUGCCACCUGCUUCGUGGUGGUGACGUUCGUGCGCUACAACGAAACGCCCAUUGUGAAGGCGUCAGGUCGUGAGAUGAGCUACGUGCUGCUGACGGGCAUCUUCCUGUGCUACGCCACCACCUUCCUGAUGAUCUCGGCGCCCGACGCCGGCGUGUGCUUGCUGCGCCGCAUCUUCCUGGGGCUGGGCAUGAGCGUGAGCUACGCCGCCAUGCUCACUAAGACCAACCGCAUCUACCGCAUCUUUGAGCAGGGCAAGAAGUCGGUGAGCGCCCCGCUCUUCAUCAGCCCCGCCUCACAGCUGAUCAUCACCUUCAGCCUGAUCGGAGUGCAGCUACUGGGUGUGUGCAUCUGGUUUGGCAUGGACCCCUCCCCCCUGGCCAUCAUUGACUAUGAGGACCAGCGCACGUCCAACCCCGAGCUGGCGCGUGGCGUGUUGAAGUGUGACAUCUCUGACCUGUCGCUGAUCUGCCAGCUGGGCUACAGCAUGCUGCUGAUGGUCACGUGUACGGUGUACGCCAUCAAGACGCGCGGCGUGCCUGAGACCUUCAACGAGGCCAAGCCCAUCGGCUUCACCAUGUACACCACCUGUAUCAUCUGGCUGGCAUUCAUCCCCAUCUUCUUCGGCACCUCACAGUCCCAAGAAAAGAUGUACAUCCAGAUGACCACGUUGACCAUCUCGCUGAGCCUGAGUGCCUCUGUGUCUCUGGGGCUGCUCUACCUGCCCAAGGUGUACGUUGUGCUGCUGCACCCAGAACAGAAUGUGACCAAGAGCAAACGCAGCCUCAAGGCAGUCGUCUCUGCUGCCACCAUGACCAACAAGUUCAACCCCAAUGGAGACGCCAAGUCAGAGUUGUGUAAGAGUCUAGAGACACAAGGUUGACUCCAGUGCAGGCAAGGCUGUUUUAGGCAACUGUCCCUCUAUGAGGGGGUCUAUGAGGCAAGUGCUGCCUGCCCUUCCUGCCACUCCUCUCCAAGCCAACACACACUAGUUGUGCAUCACAAACUGAAGCACCAUGUCACCAUGCCAGGAGCUGCCCUCUUUCCUCUGUCUAUGCAGAGGGUGACUGCUCCUCCCUCAAGACAGAUCAUCUCCGGAAAAAACAUUUACUUAGAGAACAUGGUCAAGCCUAAUCAAAGCAGGUGACCCGCAACUUUGAAUUGGGAAUUGUGCAGUUUCUCAGACCAGUGAUCCUCUACCCUCAAAUCUCUCCUCCAAGUCUGGCCAAUCUCAUGGGAUUCAAAUCUCUCCAUGAAUCGGAUCUAAUUCAAUUAAGAUUUUCCAACGGCUCAGUACUUGGCACAUAAGGUUUUGCACAUCUAACAAUGUGUGUACAAAAGGA